AUGGCAAACGUGGCAUUGAUCGGUUGCACGGGCAUGGUGGGAUCCCAUAUCCUCACCAGCUUGAUCGCAAAUCCCUCUGUGACGCGCGUAGACACUAUCUCCCGUCGAACACCUCCAGCCGCUUCUAAUGCGCCCCAUGCCAAGCUCACCACCUUCAUCUCCAACGACACCGCCACCUGGGCCAACCAGCUCUCCUCUCUCACCCCGACCCCAGACAUCUUCAUUUCCUCUUUCGCAACCACCAAAGCUGCUGCAGGUGGAUUUGAGAACCAGUAUAAGAUUGAGCACGGUCUCAAUGUGGAACUCGCCAAGACCGCGCGCGAGGCCGGAACCAAGGUCUACGUUUUGAUCUCAUCGAGUGGUGCCAGCAAGGACUCCAACAUUGCCUACAGUCGUAUGAAGGGUGAAAUUGAAGAAGAUGUUAAGGCGCUGGGCUUUGAUCAUACAGUCAUCCUGCGCCCUGGCUUGAUUGCUGGUAGUCGCGACGAGAGCCGUCCGCUGGAGGCUGGCAUCCGGUUUGUUGCUAGCUGGGCUGGCAAGCUGCACUCUAGCUUGAAGGAUGGCUGGGCCCAGGAGUCCGAUGUCAUUGGUCAGGCUGCUGUCAAUGCUGGUCUCAAGGCACUUGAAGGUGAUAUCCCUGCUGGCAGCGAGAAAGUCUGGACCUUGGCCGGCAGUGAUAUCAUCAAGUACGGCAAGGAGGGCUCGUCCUAA